AUGGGUCGGAAGGGGUUCCAAGAAUCGUGCUCCUUUGACAUCGAGUGCACCCUCUCGCAACCGCAUAGAUCCCUGCGCCGCUCCUCGCAGCGCUCGGUGGGUACGCAGGGCUCGCGCAACAGCAUCACCAGCCUCCGCAACGCGGUGUCAGCGACCGACCCCGUGACGCAGCAGAAGCGCAAGCUCAAGGCUGUGCUGGGUGACCUCAAGCAGGACUCCGACGCGCCCCCAGCCGUGCGGCGGCUCGUCACUGUUGUUGAUGAGGAAGAAUGCGAUGACUACGAUGACUACGAGCCGUGUGCCAUCGGGGCAUCCGCGACGGCGCCGCCAACACCGCUCGGGCAGCCGCCGCGGCGCGGGUCACACAGCGCUGCAUGUGAAAAGAGUGUCCCCUGUUGCAGCAUCUGUCAGGAGGUGAUCAAUCCCUUCUCGGGUCACGGUAGAGAUAGCGAGCAGAGCGCCGACGGGGAUACUCAGGGUGCCCAUGACGCAAACCUGAAUAGCCUUGAGGAGAGUCCAACGAUGUUGUCAUUGAUUCCCCGGGUGCGCUCGUCGUACUCGUCAUCGAAGCUUUCGGCGUGUCUUGGUGGGGGGCUGAGAGCGCGAGGGAGCGAUCUGCUGACGCUGCACUCUGUCAGUGCCGGCGUCCCGCGGCGGCGACGACACUCAUUUUGCUGUCAGCGAGCACCACAGCUGUUAUUGGCGUCCCAGACACGAGAAGAGAAGGAGGUCAUGGUUCAAAGAAGCAAAAACAGCAGCAAUGACACGCUCCGGGACCGCCCAGAUCCCGUGUUUCUCUUUAAGCCUCUGGGCCUGCUAGAUCCUGUUCUGUUUGCCGCCUCAUAUCCAAUUGGCGAUGCACCGGAUCGGCUGCGAAUAAUUUUGGGGGAGACGCCUAGCGUAGAUAAGAGCGAUAGCAAAAGAGAAACUGCAAAGGUGGAGAGCGAUGCAGCAGUUCCCCUUGAGCUCAACAAGGUGAAGUUGCUGCCACUGGACGAGGGGCGGCACCACCAGAGAAUAAAAACCCGUGAAAGUGAAAGUGGGUUUUCCCUGUCAACGCCACGACGGCAAUCGACAAGUUCUUCGUUACAUUACUCGGCAACAGUUCAUGCUUCGCGUCAAACCUUCUUGCGGAGCCCGCGGGCGCAGCAGCAGCAGCAGUACCAACAACAACAACAACAACAAUACCGGCACUCGCGGGCCUUUUCAUUUAGCCGCGCUAGUUCAGAAAAGACUCUUCGCAGCCCAACAGCUAGUAGCACGUUUCGUCAAUGGCCUUCGGAGUCAAUCGAGUGGUUGCAGCAGCACUUGAUAUUGCAGCAGGCGCACGUUUGUCACCUACCCGCAUUCACAUCAGGCGGGGGAAGUGGGGAUGGUGGGGAUAGUGGAAUUGGUUUACAUCCACCGUGGCACAGCACCAGAUUUGGUGGCGAUACCAAUAAUGUCAGCAGCGUGCUACUGACUCGCACAACGAGUAACGUUGAUACGCUACCGACAUGCUGUGAUGCGCCGCUUGACACUUUUAUGGAAUCAUCGAGCCUCGCUGCAAGCAGCACGCUCACAACACUCGUAUAA